UGAAAUCUUUUGACGUAAUGUUGUCGGUUGUCGACGAUAAACAUGUGGAAUGUAUAAAAAGAAUUUAACGAGUUGACGUUUACUUAUUUGGAUCAGAACAGUGUUAAAAUAUGUGUUGUAAAUAGUACUUAAAAUCGUUUCCUGUCAGUAAAAAAAAUAUAAAAUCAAGAUGAUCGCGGGGUAUGGGGCCGUGACCCAAGCCUUGCUGGGAACCCUUCUGACGUGGGGGCUGACGGCCGCAGGAGCCGGCUGCGUGUUCUUUAUACGAGGAAAACAUAGAAAAUUACUAGAUGUAUCUCUUGGUUUCGCUGCUGGCGUUAUGACUGCGGCUUCGUACUGGUCUCUGCUAGAGCCUGCCAUACAGAUGUGCAAAGACUCCGGUUCAUAUGGAUCAGAGGGACAGUUCGCCUUCUUACCAGUAGCCGUGGGCUUCCUCUUCGGGGCCAUAUUCGUAUUUGGCACUGACAAAUUCUUGGACUAUUUAGGAAUCAAUUCAGCAAAUAUGAUGAUGUCGAUGACAAAGAGCAAAGAGUCGAAGGAGAAGCUAGAAGACUUGGAGAUGAUGACAGCGCUAAACAAGCGGCCAAAUAACCCGAGCAGCGUGGUGACGGUGGAUGCGCCUGCGCCCGCGGAAUUCGCCGACUGCAUCACCAACCAACACACGGCGCAGCGCCGGCGACACCAUCACUCCCAUCACUCGCUGCGGACGGGUGAGAAUGGCGAGGGUGACCGCCGGGAGAGCGUGGCCAACUCGCUGGCAGCGCGGCAGUCGCAGUGGAAGCGGAUCAUGCUGUUGGUGGUCGCCAUCACUGUGCACAACAUCCCCGAGGGGCUCGCCGUCGGGGUCUCCUUCGGCGCCGCUGCCUCAAACACCAAAGCCUCCUUCCAGAGCGCCAGAAACCUGGCGCUGGGGAUCGGCAUCCAGAACUUCCCGGAGGGGCUGGCGGUCAGCUUGCCGCUGCAGGCCGCAGGCUUCUCCGUGUGGAGAGCUUUCUGGUACGGCCAGCUAUCCGGCAUGGUGGAGCCAGUGUUCGGCGUGCUGGGCGCAGUGGCCGUAGCGGCUGCGCAGCCCGCGCUGCCGUACGCGCUCGCCUUCGCUGCCGGCGCCAUGAUCUACGUCGUGGCAGACGACAUCAUCCCCGAGGCCAACGCUUCCGGCAACGGUAAGCUGGCGACCUGGGGCUGCAUCAUCGGCUUCAUGGUGAUGAUGUGCUUGGACGUGGGGCUCGGGUAAUCUGCCCCCCAACCGCUGCCACCGCGACCCUCGCCUCAACCCGGCAUGGACCCAGGACUUGUCGUUGACUGUUUAGAUAGACUGGUAAGAUACGCGCGCGAAUCUAACAAUUAUCCUUUAGAACAUCAUUUAUGUUUCACGAACUCAACGUCUUGAAAUAUAUUCCACUUUCUUCACGGGUAAUUUUAUACUCUAUUACUGUCGUAGUAAUUAAUCCGCUUCCACGGUCUACCAAAGCCAUUUUUUGCGCAUGUACCUUACUUUCAUAAUUGUAGAAUAAAUGAAGGAUACCAGAAUGUACUUACGAAUACAUUGACAAGUUUCCCAAUAGAGCUUGCGAUAUUAUAGAGUAAUAAGUUAUUAUUGUUAAUGUCUAUAAGGCAUGUGAUGUAACCGCCACAAAGACAGAUUUACCUUUAUAUUUAGUGAAUAAUAUUUGGAAUCUAUUGUAAAGGUGUGAAUGGUCGAAGAGAUAGUUCAUUAAUAUCUGAAAGCUUUUUAUUCCUAUUCUUAGUAUUAGGAGGUACAGUUCCAAACUAAUUAUACUCGCUCCUUGUUCGAGACGGUAUUUAAUAGUGUAGUCUACGCUUAUGUUAUUAAAUAUCGUCUCGAACAAGGAACUUUGUAUAAUUGAGAUAGAACUUCACUUACAGGUAAGUUCGUUUAAUCUCUUAAUUAAUCACUUUUUCCAAGCCCAAGCAAACCAAGUUGUCACAACUUCUAUACUAUAUACCUACUUAAGUAUUUUUUUCUAUUUUUGCUAUCCUUUUCAUUUAUUAUGUAUACAGAUUUUAUAAAUGAACUAUUUCUGUCCAUCCAUCUUUUGCAAUAAAGUAAAAUUAGCGUCGCGAAGGUGCAAGACAAAGAUGUACAUCAGUGCCAAUAUUCAGAAGACCUGUUCAUAUAAGUGAUAAUUUUCAAUUACACAAGGUACUUACAGAUAAUCGCAUCUCGACAACAAAGUAACCGUAAGCAGAUAUCUGCUUUCGAACAGUAUUUACGCGCUACAAAAAUGUAUUUAUGUUUAUAGAUAAUUUAUUUUUGUUGUAUCACGAGAUAUUUUGGUACGUAUAAUUGACGUUUGCGGGUUCCACUAAAUGUUACUCGUGAAUGCUACUAGCGUGUCACUUUUAUUGUUUUAGUGAAAUUGUUACUUGAGUGUCACACGUUAGUGUCAUUCGCGGUUGCACAAACUUAAGUAAAGAAUAAUAAAUAGAUGUAAGAUACUCUGACGUCGCCCGUUUUGUUUGACAAAUUCCAAUCUAAUGUAAAGUUAGGAUUAAGUGAAAUUGAAAGACAAUAUUUGGUAUUUGUCAAGCAAAGGUGUUAAAUAAAUUGAUCGAAAACAUGUAACUCUACGUUAUGCAUACGAUUGGUAUUAUUAAUUAUAAUAUCGUGUCAAUUAAUGAGAUUGACUCGGAAAGUUUUUAUACGGAAACCUUCGCCGAGGUUCCUCGCAGAUUUGCAUUUAUCGAGGUGUCAUUUAUGAAGUAACUGUCCGCAGUGUUUAAAAUUCAAGCUGAUCUAGAGCAAGCUAUUGGUUAUCGAAUUCAUCUUGUUUUAGCUGUAAUAGGUAUUUGUUUUUCGUUCAAUUUUAAUAUAAUUUGAAAUGAAAUAUAA